AUGUCAUUUCAGGACAUAUACGGAGUCCCUACGAAGUCGAGAAAGCUGUUCCCUAAGUCGGAAUUAUUUUAUGACAUGGGAAGCACAGCAAAUAUCGGAUACGAACGAGACCCGGAAAAGCACUCUGCCAAGCGCAAGAUGUUCGCGCCUAGUUUUAGCGCACAGGCUUUGAGAGACCAAGAACAUAUUAUUCAUCAGUAUACGGAUAUCUUCCUCCUACAGAUAGAACGACUUGGUACUCAGCCUAAUCGCAUAAAUAUCACCGAAGCCCUCGAAUGGCUGACUUUCGAUAUCAUGGGUGAGCUCACGUUUGGGGAAUCCUUCGGCGCAGUACGAGAAGCGAAGCAUCACUAUUGGGUCUCUAUUCUCCUAGCGGCAGUCUACGGAGCCAGCGUGGCAGGACUGAGGAACCGUCUUUCGGUACUGAAGUAUAUCAUACCCUUGUUGAUCCCCAAGGAAACCGCCAAGAGAGCCGCACAGCAUCAUGCUCUCUCGCUGCGAAAAGUUCGUCACCGUCUUGAAAUAGGCGACGCCAACGGACGCGAGGACUUCUUUGCCAAUAUCAUUCGGAAUGGCAAGAUGGGUGAGGAGCAGCUCACCAGCGAAGCAACCAUACUCAUGAUCGCAGGCGCUGAGACAACUGCCACAGCACUCACGGCGGCCUUGUACUUCCUAGGCGCCAAUCCCAGUUGUCUCUCUGAGCUUAGAGAUGAACUGAGUCGGGCCUUUGCCUCUAGCAAAGAUAUCACGGGAGACCGGACGGCAGGGUUUCCUUAUCUCAACGCAGUCCUGGAGGAAACAAUGCGCAUUUUCCCACCUUCUCCCGUCGGCCCUCCGCGGAAGUCACCUGGGGAAACCGUGGAUGGGGUUUUUGUACCAGAGGGGAUGUACGUCUCAACCGACAUAACGAGUCUACACCGAGACGCCCAUAAUGCCCCGGACCCGCAUGCCUGGAAGCCAGAUAGAUGGAUUGGGGAGCAAGGCAAGCAUGGGAAACCUUACACGGUGCCUUUCAGCAUCGGCUCUCGGUCAUGCAUUGGAAUAACCCUCGCGUACCUGGAGAUGCGCAUCGUCCUGGCCAAGAUUGUUUACACCAUGGAGUGGGAGUUUGUCGAUGACCCAGGCUACUGGCCGGAUCGAUGUACACUCACGCAACUGUGGAAGAAGGCGCGCUUGGAAAUGAGGUUUCGGCGUCGAGCUUACUCCUGA